AUGAACUAUUCGAUAGUUCUAGAACAUGAAGACCAUGCAGGAGCUGUCCUAGAAGGUCUAAACGAGCUUGUAACACCAGAAGCAACCCCGGCAGCAGCCCUGGAGCCAGCGACAGCGAGGGAGGUAGCCCGUCAGCGAGGCGCCUACGAUGACAGUGAGCCUAUCAAUAGCGAGGUCCUAGCUGAACACCAGCCAACACAGCCUAUCAGCGAACCUACAGCCAUAUUGGACGCCGUCGACAUUACACCUCAGUUGCAGGCUAGUUAUCGCUCAGUCACAACUCCACAAAGUUCAGUCACGCGCACAACUAGGCCAGUUUUGCCUCAGCUUUCGCACGUAAAUCAACCCGUCACUACGGAAGUUACACACCUAAAUCAGUGUGUAAAUCAGCAUCUGGACCAGCGUCAGCAACAACGUGAAUAUACACCUGAGGACCAGCUCGCCAACGACAUGGACACCUACCUACCUACACCUAUAGGAUCAACCGUUGAAUCAGCCGUUGAAUCAACGCUAGAUCAGGGGGGGGGGAUGUAUGUAUACAGUCGAAAAGAGUCCUAA